AGCUGAAAACAUGAGUGCAAUAAGCGCCCACUGCCCACCACAUGUUCGUACCCAGGGAGGAUGAGAACUCAACCCAUAUCUACGCCACUUUUGCUUCAAUCACCGGGCUCAGAUGAUAGAUGGUUUUGAUUUUUGGGCCUGUCAUUUCCUCACCGUGAAUAAUCUGAGAAUGGUUGAAGUUCAAAUUUGAGAUCGAUCCAAUUCCGGGAGAAAUGCUCCCCAACUCGUCCAUCCUGACGACUGGAGUGGCGUCGGGCUGGUCGCUCCCCGGGGUGUUCCCUCAAACAUUAAGAACAGAGGAGCUCAUCCAAGAGUUAGGCCAUUUGUACACUACGGUCGACCUUCAAUUAUUGGAUCACGUGGAGCUCGUGUCUCGUUACUUACGCCAAGUGCGUCCCAAACCUAAAUGGGAAGUGUCCGAUUUUCCCCCCGCUUCCAGGCCAUUCAUUCAAGAAAUCAUCCCAGAGGGUUGUCGUUUUCAUGGUCGUCGUAGUUCCAACUUGAUCCCCGACGCCGCCAGUCUCGACACGGCGGUUCGAAAACGAGAGCAUCAUCAAAUCAACGCCAAGAGUGUCAGUAAACUCGAAAGUGCCACCAAAAGGCCUAAAAUCACGUGGCCUUAAGGUGUAUUUUGGUUCGAGUGUGCCUUAUAUCAUAAAAGAAAGAAUUCUUACUCGACAUGUCGCUCAAUUUAAAGUACUAGAAUCAUUGUUGCACUCCUGAUACUUUAUACAUAUAACAAGUUCUGAAUAUAAAAUAAUUUUUUUA